UGCUGCCGUGACGACUUCCAGGACAGGCACUCUUUCCUUCCCACUCCCCUCCGGCCCCAGAGCGUCCCGCGGCAGGAGCCGCUCCGGGCCGCUCCGCUCCCCUCCUCCCGCCCGUGCCCUCACGGCUCCCGCGGCAGGAGCCGCUCCGGGCCGCUCCGCUUCCCUCCUCCCGCCCGUGCCCUCACGGCUCCCGCGGCAGGAGCCGCUCCGGGCCGCUCCGGUGCCCUCCUCCCGCCCGUGCCCUCACGGCUCCCGCCGCUGGCCCCGCUGCCGCCUCACGCCCCCCGGCCCCGCGGGAUGGCGGCGGGCGAGGAGCAGAGCCGCGAGUACCUGCGGCGGCACCGGCUGCCGGAGCUGCUGCACCGCCUCGGAGCGCUGCUGCUCUUCCACCGCCCCGAACGGCCCCGCGAGUUCCUGAUCCAGGUGCUGGAGAAGGUGAAGGCUGGGAGACGAGCCGAGGGCGAGUACCCGUUCCUCAUGGACGAGGCCAACGUGGACGCCAUGUUCAGCCUGCUGGAUGUCCUGGGCCAGGGCUCCAUCAGGCCAGCGCAGUACAGGGAAGCUCUUAAAACUUUGGGACUGAGCACUGAGGAUUUGGAGCUAGAAGAUGAUGAGAAUGUCACACUGGAGGUAUUCAAAGAAGGAAUGAAGAAAAAGAUGCUGGAGAGCUGGUCUGUGUAUUAGUUUGAGCAGUGGUCUGCUGUAUAUAUAUUAAAAACAGACACCUUCCCCAAUUUUUCUUCUAGUUUGCCAGCUGUGAAGAGACAAUUUUAAGCAAUAUUCUCUUUUUCUCAUCUUCCCCACCCUUCAGAGAAGCAAUCAGCUGAAAAGGACAAAUGACAAGAACGUGUUCAUGUCUAGCAAGCACUGGAGGGAGUAUUGUUAAGAAUUGCUGUUCUUAAUAUAAUUAGAUGGUUUAAAAAAGAAGUACAGAUCUCUUAUACUGAAAUAGUAUUUUGUAGUUUCUUCCUCAGGUUAUAGUUUACAGUGAAGGAUUGUUACCACUGAAUAAAAUAAAGUUGUUUUUUGGGCUGGG